GGGCCCUCGGCUGCGAGAUAGGUGGGGGGAGGGGAGGGGAGAGCCCGAGCUCUGGAGUUGGUGCUGGGAAACCCGGGGCUAAUGUUGACAACAGGCACUAGUUUUUAGGUGUUCAUAAAAGUCGUACAAAUCAUCGGGCAAGCCUUUAUUGAGCUGUGGUGAAAUUUCUGAAAAAUUUGAUGCGGAGGAUUGAAUGAAUUUAGGGCCUAAGACAUGCUUGUCCACUGAGCUGCAUCCCCAAUGGAGGUCCGAUGACAACCUGUAGGAAUUGGUUCUCGUAUUCCAUCCACUAUUGUCCUGGGUCACAUAAUGCCAGCUGAGCGGAAAAAGUCAGCAAGUAUGGAGGAAAAAGAAUCUUUACUAAACAACAAGGAAAAAGACUGCAGUGAGAGGCGGCCAGUGAGCAGCAAGGAGAAAUCAAAAGACGAUCUCAAGAUCACUGCCAAGAAGGAGGUCAGUAAGGUCCCAGAAGACAAAAAGAAGAAACUGGAAGAAGAUAAGAGAAAAAAGGAAGACAAGGAACGUAAGAAAAAAGAGGAAGAGAAGGUGAAGGCAGAGGAAGAGUUGAAGAAGAAGGAAGAGGAAGAAAAGAAAAAACAGGAAGAGGAAGAGAGGAAAAAGCAGGAGGAGCAGGCCAAGCGGCAGCAGGAAGAAGCAGCUGCCCAGCUGAAAGAGAAAGAAGAAUCUCUUCAGCUUCAUCAGGAGGCGUGGGAACGCCAUCAACUACGAAAGGAACUCCGUAGCAAAAACCAAAAUGCUCCAGACAACCGACCAGAGGAAAAUUUCUUUAGCCGCCUAGAUUCGAGCUUAAAGAAAAAUACUGCUUUUGUCAAGAAACUAAAAACAAUUACAGAACAACAGAGAGACUCCUUGUCUCAUGAUUUUAAUGGCCUGAAUUUAAGCAAAUAUAUUGCAGAAGCCGUAGCUUCCAUUGUGGAAGCAAAAUUAAAAAUCUCUGACGUGAACUGUGCCGUGCACCUCUGCUCUCUCUUUCACCAGCGGUACGCUGACUUUGCACCCUCACUUCUUCAGGUGUGGAAAAAACAUUUUGAAGCAAGGAAAGAGGAGAAAACGCCCAACAUUACCAAGCUAAGAACUGACUUGCGUUUCAUUGCAGAAUUGACAAUAGUGGGAAUCUUCACUGACAAGGAAGGUCUUUCCUUAAUCUAUGAACAGCUAAAAAGUAUUAUUAAUGCUGAUCGAGAAUCCCACACUCAUGUGUCUGUGGUGAUUAGUUUCUGUCGUCAUUGUGGAGAUGAUAUUGCUGGACUUGUACCGAGGAAAGUAAAGAGUGCUGCAGAGAAGUUUAAUUUGAACUUUCCUCCUAGUGAGAUAAUUAGCCCAGAGAAGCAGCAGCCUUUCCAGAAUCUUUUAAAAGAGUACUUUACGUCUCUGACCAAACACCUGAAAAGGGACCACAGGGAGCUUCAGAAUACUGAGAGGCAAAACAGGCGUAUUCUGCACUCUAAAGGCGAGCUAAGUGAAGACAGGCAUAAACAGUAUGAAGAGUUCGCCAUGUCUUACCAGAAGCUGCUGGCAAAUUCUCAAUCCUUAGCCGACCUUUUGGAUGAAAAUAUGCCAGAUCUUCCUCAGGACAAACCGACACCAGAAGAGCAUGGACCUGGAAUCGAUAUAUUUACACCUGGAAAACCUGGAGAAUAUGACUUAGAAGGUGGCAUAUGGGAAGACGAAGACGCUCGGAAUUUUUAUGAAAACCUCAUCGAUUUGAAAGCAUUUGUUCCAGCCAUCUUGUUUAAAGACAAUGAAAAAAGUCAGAACAAAGAUUCUAGCAAAGAUGAUUCCAAAGAGGCAAAAGAACCAAAGGAUAAUAAGGAAGCAUCAAGUCCCGAUGAUUUGGAACUUGAGUUGGAGAAUUUAGAAAUUAAUGAUGACACACUGGAGUUAGAAGGUGGAGAUGAAGCUGAAGAUCUUACAAAGAAACUCCUUGAUGAACAAGAACAAGAAGAUGAAGAAGCCAGCACUGGAUCUCACCUCAAACUCAUAGUGGAUGCUUUCCUCCAGCAGCUGCCCAACUGUGUCAACCGAGACCUGAUUGACAAGGCAGCCAUGGACUUUUGCAUGAACAUGAACACAAAGGCAAACAGGAAGAAGUUGGUUCGGGCGCUCUUCAUAGUUCCUAGGCAAAGGUUGGAUUUGCUCCCAUUUUAUGCAAGAUUGGUUGCUACAUUGCAUCCCUGCAUGUCUGAUGUAGCAGAGGAUCUUUGUUCCAUGCUGAGGGGGGAUUUCAGAUUUCAUGUUCGAAAAAAGGACCAGAUCAACAUUGAAACAAAGAAUAAAACUGUCCGUUUUAUUGGAGAACUAACCAAGUUUAAGAUGUUCACCAAAAAUGAUACACUGCAUUGUCUAAAGAUGCUUCUGUCAGACUUUUCUCAUCAUCAUAUUGAAAUGGCAUGUACCCUACUGGAGACCUGUGGACGGUUUCUUUUCCGAUCUCCAGAAUCACACCUGAGGACCAGUGUGCUUUUGGAGCAAAUGAUGAGAAAGAAGCAAGCAAUGCACCUGGACGCGCGCUACGUUACAAUGGUGGAGAACGCGUAUUACUACUGCAACCCACCACCAGCCGAGAAGACAGUGAGAAGGAAGCGGCCUCCUCUUCAGGAGUAUGUCCGCAAACUUCUGUACAAGGAUCUCUCUAAGGUCACCACGGAAAAGGUUUUGAGACAGAUGCGAAAGUUGCCCUGGCAGGACCAAGAAGUUAAAGACUAUGUCAUUUGUUGUAUGAUAAACAUUUGGAAUGUGAAAUACAAUAGUAUUCACUGUGUAGCCAACCUCCUAGCAGGACUAGUGCUUUACCAGGAGGAUGUUGGGAUCCACGUUGUGGACGGAGUACUUGAAGAUAUUCGAUUGGGAAUGGAGGUUAAUCAACCUAAAUUUAACCAGAGGCGCAUCAGUAGUGCCAAGUUCUUAGGAGAACUUUAUAAUUACAGAAUGGUCGAAUCGGCUGUUAUUUUCAGAACUCUUUAUUCUUUUACUUCAUUUGGUGUCAACCCUGACGGGUCUCCAAGUUCCCUGGACCCUCCUGAGCAUCUGUUUAGAAUUAGACUAGUCUGCACUAUUUUGGAUACCUGUGGCCAGUACUUUGACAGAGGUUCCAGUAAAAGAAAACUUGACUGCUUCCUUGUAUAUUUUCAGCGUUAUGUUUGGUGGAAGAAAAGUUUGGAGGUUUGGACAAAAGACCAUCCAUUUCCUAUUGAUAUAGAUUACAUGAUCAGUGAUACACUAGAACUGCUAAGACCAAAGAUCAAACUCUGUAAUUCUCUGGAAGAAUCCAUCAGGCAGGUACAAGACUUGGAACGAGAAUUCUUAAUAAAACUAGGCCUAGUAAAUGACAAAGAGUCCAAAGAUUCUAUGACAGAAGGGGAAAAUCUUGAAGAGGAUGAAGAAGAAGAAGAAGGAGGAGCUGAGACAGAGGAACAGUCUGGAAAUGAGAGUGAAGUAAACGAGCCAGAAGAAGAAGAGGGUUCUGAUGAUGAAGACGAGGGAGAGGAGGAGGAAGAAGAGAAUACAGAUUACCUCACAGAUUCCAACAAGGAGAACGAGACUGAUGAAGAGAAUGCUGAGGUGAUGAUUAAGGGAGGCGGACUGAAGCAUGUUCCUUGUGUAGAAGAUGAGGACUUCAUUCAAGCUCUGGACAAAAUGAUGCUAGAAAACCUUCAGCAGCGAAGUGGUGAAUCUGUGAAAGUACACCAACUUGAUGUUGCUAUUCCUUUGCAUCUCAAAAGCCAGCUGAGGAAAGGGCCCCCACUUGGUGGUGGGGAAGGAGAGACAGAGUCUGCAGACACGAUGCCGUUUGUCAUGCUGACAAGGAAAGGCAAUAAACAGCAGUUUAAGAUUCUCAAUGUGCCCAUGUCAUCCCAACUUGCUGCAAAUCACUGGAACCAGCAACAAGCAGAACAAGAGGAGAGGAUGAGGAUGAAAAAGCUCACCUUAGACAUCAACGAACGACAAGAACAAGAAGAUUAUCAAGAAAUGUUGCAGUCUCUCGCACAGCGCCCAGCUCCAGCGAACACUAAUCGUGAGCGGCGGCCUCGUUACCAACAUCCAAAGGGAGCGCCUAAUGCAGAUCUAAUCUUUAAGACUGGUGGGAGGAGACGUUGAUCCAGCAGCACGUGUCAUUUCAUUAGGUCCUGUAUCUGAUGUUGUGGAUAGUGGAGUCCUCCAGCAAUUGAAUGAGAGCAGCGGACACAUCUCAGCAUGUCGGUCUAGAGAGUUGCGAAUCUAAACCUGGGACAGGCUGGGGCCAUGAGGCAGAAACACCAGCCUCUGCCAACACCGGAACAAGCCGACGCUUCCAGACAAGGCAGAAAGGCCUUUUGUAAUGGAAAUCACGUGAGGGUUAAUCUUCUCUUGAGAAUGGCAGUCAAGAAAUGAGAAGGUUCACUUGACUGCUGAGAGCUACACCAGGAAGAGCGUCCGUGAGGUGACUGAGCCGGAGAGGAAACGGUUGAGAUGGGAUGGUAUGGGGGAAAUGAACUUGAGUUUUAAACUUGAUUUAAGUUACAGUGUCUCUGAAUUGAACAUCCCAUGUUGGAAGAAGAUACAUUUGGGGGCUCCAGGACUACAGUAGAACAGUAUAGAGCAAGCAGUAAAAUCUUCUAGUAAAACUUCCAUGCAGGACAGCAAAAUGAUGCAAGAUAUCCAAAUGCCAGACAAGCCGCCAGGAAAGGUCUGUGUAAGGAGUUUGUUUCAAGAGGGACAAGGGAUGAGGGAGAAAAACCUGUUUUAACCAUCAGAGUCAGUGAUGUAAAGUUGCCUAUUAGAGUGAAAGAAAACUGAAGACUGUUAAUAUGCAAAGCAUUCAUUCAGAUGGCUUAGAAGGUCUGACAGCAGCCUAAGAACGGGGAUGUAGUUGAGCCCAUUGUAAGUAUCAUUGAAAACAAGCCGUGCCAGUGAGCAUGUCACAGAAGAAGGAAGGACGACAGAAGUGGAUCAGAGUAUUUGGUUGACCUUCAUGGGUUUACAGCCUCUGUGUCUAAACAAGCUAUGGAAACAAGUAGAGCUUUUACUUUGCUUUUGUUUCGUUUCCUUUUGUUCCCCUUCCCCAGUAGAAAUGAGGGUUCUUAGUCUGUUUCUGACAGUCUGUUAAUUUAUUAGGAUAGGUGUCUUUCAUUUGCUUCCCAGUAGGCGUAGUCAUUUAGUUAACAGACACAUCUGUAUGCUACAACUUGAUUACAUCUUUUUCUAUUUUGCAUCUUUCUUUUACCAUGUUUCAGUUUCUGCAUGUAGAUUUCAAUAAGAAACAAAACUUGUAAAGUUGUAACAUUUCACAUGGAAAUGCUGCCCAAUCUUCACCAGCUUCAGAAAUCUGACCUUUGCCGAUGCUGCAAUAAAGUGUUGUAAUUUGGAUUUGG